GCAGCUGCAAGCCCAGCAACACGAGCACCAACGCCAGCAGCAACAGCAACAAGCGCACUACGCCUGGGGCAUGAAUGGCCACCCUCACCACCAUCCUGGCCAUCAUCACCAUCAGCAACACCAUCAGCAGCAAUACCAGUCCCAUUCCCAGCAUCACCACAACCAGCAGCAAUUGCAGCACUACUCGCUGGGUGCCACGAGUGCCGAGGACGGUGCGGCUCAGCAGCAUUACGCUCAUCAACAGCAGCAAGAGCACAAUGUACCGUUGCAGAACAACGGCAACGGACAGGCCCCAGCCACGCAACAACAGCACCACCACCACCACCACCACCAUCCGCAUCAUGCGGUGCAGUACCACCAUCCACAUCUACACCGCGUCCGGCACUACAGCUCCCAGCAGAUGCAGCAUCCAGGUGAUCCUAUGAUUACAUCGUCACUAAAGGGUAAGACACUUCUUUUUCGGCGUUGCGCAAUCAUUCGCCGAACGUACGUAUACAUACAACCCCCCC